AAAAAAGUUUGUCUUGCCCUUGAUUAUCUCAUCACCAAGCAAUGUUCACACAAGAACGAAAGCGCAUUCAACAUACAAAAGCAACAUUCAAGUUUCAACACAAAUGGAUCUCUUGCUGUUUGUCCUAGGGAUGCUUGUUUUAAUGGAGGCUUCAAAAUCGGAAGAUAGCGAUGGUAAAGGAUCCAACUUAGAUAUUGUGAUGGAACUUCAACAGGCCGAAAUAUCAGGAAUGGGAUCUGGCGAUUCUCUUGAAAAGAUACCAGAAUUUAAAGACCGCCAAAGCGAAGUACGGUGGAAAUUAAACAAAGUAAGGAAAAAAUUAAACUCGGCGAAGACCUACUCCCAAUUAGCUCGACGAAUGAAGGAAUCUUUGAAACUGCGAAUGGACAAAAAUCAAGGAGAGAUAGAAAAAAUAAUAAAGAAAGCAGAAAAAUCCUUAGUUCACACUGGUGAGCAAAUGGGACUAGACUACAUGCACUUUAAGAGACAAGCUGAAUAAAUUUUUAAAACAAUUAUUUUAUCAAGUUCUUCCUUAAUUUUUACCAUUGCAUGUAAAAAGACUUGUUACGUAAAAAGAUUUCUUUUGACAAUAACAGUCAUUGAAACAACUUACAUUCUUUUUUGAGAAUAAAUUCAUGAACAUCAA